AUGGUGCAGAUACUCUCCCUCAUCCACAGCAAAAAGGGGUCUCUGAGUAGCAUGCCCUACCUACCAGCAGACGUCAUAAACCUAAAGGCAAAGUACCGUAGAGAAAGCAAGUUGGCUGACAUAGAAGCCAUGAUAGCCUACUUCGAUGAGAAAGCGAAAGAAGAUCAAGAUUUCUUCUACAGGAUAAGAUUGGAUGAUGAGGACCGUGUCAGGAACAUGUAUUGGGUGGAUGGUGCUGCAAGAAGAGCCUACAAACAUUUCCGAGACUGCAUUUCUUUCGACGCGACAUAUCUCACUAAUAUGUACAAGAUGCCAUGCGCUCCAUUCAUAGGAAUAAAUAACCACAAUCAGUCAUUGCAGUUCGGAUGCGGGCUCGUUCGGAACAAAGACACGGAUGGGUACGUUUGGCUGUUCAAGACCUUCUUCGAGUGCAUGGGUGGACUUGCUCCGAUGAACAUAAUAACAGACCAGGAUUUUAGCAUGCGUGCAGGCAUAGAGGAGGUCUUUCCGUUGGCAGUGCACAGGCACUGCAGGUGGCACAUUAUAAAGAAGGCUGAGGAGACACUAGGACCGUUCAUUGCUGACCGUCCAGACCUGCACAAGGCAUUCGAGCUGUGCGUGGACCACAGCUUGACGGUGGAGGAGUUUGAAAGGAGCUGGAUGGCUAUGAUUGAAACAUAUCAAGUCCAAGACCACGAGACGCUUGCUAGCUUGUGGGAGAAGCGAAUGUACUGGGUGCCGGCCUACUUCAUGCAGUGCUUCUUCCCGUUUCUGCAGACUACACAGCGCAGUGAGGGGUUUAAUGCUGUUUUGAAGCGGUACGUGAGCCCUGGCAACUCAUUGCUACAGUUUGCCAAGCAGUACACCGCUUUGCAACAAAAAAUACUGGGAUCCGAGCUACAGCAAGAAGCAAACACCGCGCUCAAGCAGCCAAAAUUGCUAACGUAUUUACCAAUGGAGAGGCAGAUGAGCAAGAUAUACACCAACACGAUUUUUAACAAGUAA